AUGCAUAAAUUUGAUCUUUCUUCAGAUAAAAAUAAAGUACCAAUAACUGUUGAUUCAUUUACAGAAGAGGCUGUUAUAAACAUUGAGGAAGUAAGAAUGCAGCUCUAAACACAGUUAAGUCCAGAUUCUAUUGAAAAUCUAUUUGCCAGAGAUUUUCAAACAGCAUAAGUUGACUCUUGCACUAUGACAUUAAAUCUUAGAGAGAUCUCACUUUAUAACUAUGAAUUCCUUAAAGAAAGACAUGAGUAGAAUACUCAGGAACUAUACAAGAGACAGGGACUCUAUAUUACAGAUGUGUUGAUUGAGCAUGAAACUCAGGAUCAAUUUGAUACAUCUUACUAGGAAGAUUUAGCUGAUCUAGCUUCGACUCUCAGAUCUGAGGCAGAUAAACUGGAGUCAGAAGAUUUUAUUGGACAUUUAAAUAGUCUGAAAGAUGCUAGACUUGAAAGCCAAAAAUUACUAAAAGAGAGAUUUUCUUCUUAGGAUGACGAUUCUAUUAAUCUUAUUUAUGAGUGGCUGGAGAAAUCAUAGGAGAGAUCUUCAUUUUAAUUAACAGACUCAAAAAUCAUUACUAAGGAGGAGAUUUAGAAGCAGUACCUUGAUAAUGCGAAGUAGAAAUAUACAGACAAAAUUAAUAAAGCAAGGGUAGAUAGAUAAAAUAUUCUUGCCAAGUAUAAGAAUGUAUUUGAAUAAUCUGCAAAUUCUUGA